ACGAAAAAAACAUGGCAGCCUCCAUCAAAGAUAACGUGUUAUGGUUUGAACAUUAUUUACAUAUUUCUUCAUUUUGUGAUAGGUAAUCAUUCAAUAAUUGUCAGGAACUUAAAGUUCACUACAUUACAUAGAAAGGAAAGAAACAUCUUAUUCCAGGUUAAAUUUUGCAAAAUGCCAGUUGACAACAGACCUCCAGCUAAAAAGAUGAAGUUCUCUCCCGGAGGAGGAUUUACGAAUGGGGUUCCAGUAUUCCAAAAACUUCAACAAAUCAGAAGAAAUUUACCAAUAUUUUCCGCCAAACGGAAGCUGAUUGAAGAAUUGCGUCGUUUGGACACUGCUAUUGUGAUUGGAGAGACAGGAAGUGGGAAGACAACUCAGCUUCCACAGUACAUUUUUGAAGAGAGACUUCACAAAAACAUGAUCAUCGCUAUAACUCAGCCCAGACGAGUUGCAGCUAUCACAGUUGCUCAAAGGGUGGCUCAGGAGAGAGGCAGCGAACCAGGGCACGUGGUGGGUCAUUGUGUGCGAUUUGAAGAUAUGACAAGUGAAAAGACAAGAAUCAAGUACAUGACAGAUGGAAUGUUACUACGGGAGGCCAUCUUGGACCCACUGCUGAAGAGGUACUCCUUCGUAAUCCUGGAUGAGGCUCAUGAGAGGACUAUACAUACAGAUGUGUUAUUUGGUGUGGUCAAACAGGCACAGAAGAGGAGGAAGCUGAGAAACCUUCUCCCACUUAAGAUCAUAAUUAUGUCAGCCACCAUGGAUGUUGACCACUUCUCACAGUUCUUCAACAAAGCCCCAGUCCUUUAUUUGGAGGGACGACAGUUUCCAGUUCAGGUGUACUACAGUAGAGAGCCUCAGUCAGACUACGUGUUUGCAGCUGUUGUAGCCUUAUUUCAGAUCCACAGGGAGGAACCAGCUGACCAAGAUGUACUGAUUUUCCUGACUGGCCAGGAGGAGAUUGAUUCAGUCGUACGCUCUAUACAUGAGAUAGCUAAAGGGAUGGUUGGGGACGCUCCUCCCCUUGUUGUGUGGCCCCUAUACGCCGCUCUCCCAUCACACCUUCAACUCAAAGCCUUUAAUCCAGCUCCUAAGGGUACGCGGAAGGUCAUUGUGGCCACCAAUAUAGCAGAGACGUCCAUCACCAUACACGGUAUCAGCUUUGUUAUUGACACCGGAGUAGUCAAAGCCAAAAUCUUCACCCCUCGCAGUGGGCUGGACCUUCUGAAGGUGGUGAAGUUGUCCAAGGCUCAGGCCCUACAGAGGUCAGGCAGGGCUGGCCGUGAGGCUGCAGGCACAUGUUACCGACUCUAUACCGAGGAGGAGUUCCAGCACUUCCCAGAUAAUACCAUUCCAGAAAUACAGAGGUGUAACUUGUCCAGUGUGGCCCUGCAGCUCCUGGCCAUGGGAAUCACAGACAUCGUCAAUUUCGACUUUAUGGAUAAACCCAGCACAGAGUCCCUCAUAGGUGCAGUGCACCAACUCCACACACUGGGAGCUGUUAUUAAGGAGAACACCAUCAAGUUGACAGCUACUGGGAAGAGGAUGGCAGCUUUCCCUCUGGACCCAAAGUUGUCCAAGACGCUCCUCAUAGCCUUGGAGCUCCAUUGUCUAGAGGAAGUUCUUACAAUAGUGUCCAUGCUGUCUGUUGAUUCUGUGUUGUUUACACCACAGAGAAAAAGAGAAGAGGCCUUAGCUGUCCGUCAGAAGUUUGUGUCCAGUGACGGUGACCACAUCACACUCCUAAACAUCUACAAAGCAUAUAAAGGGGUCAAAGGCAAUAAGGAAUGGUGUCAUGAAAACUUCAUUAAUGGCCGCAAUAUGUCAAAGGCAAUGGAUGUCCGAAAGCAGCUACGCCAGAUCUGUGAUAGUCAGACCUUAGCGGUCAAAUCAUGUGGACAGGACACCAGUAUAAUCAGGAGAUGUUUGGCAGCAGGCCUCUUUAUGAAUGCUGCAGAACUGCAAAGGGAAGGAGAUGUCUACAUUUCAUUAACAACACGAGAGCCUGUUCAUAUUCAUCCAUCAUCAGCAUUGUUUAGAUGUAAACCUGCUUGUGUUGUUUACAACGAGCUUGUCAAAACAUCCAAGUGUUACAUGAGAGACCUCAGUGUCGUUGACCCCGACUGGCUUUACGAGGCAGCUCCUGCAUAUUUCAAACGGAAAAAGCCAUCAAAAAAAUGAAUUUUCACUUUUGGAACAUAAAAUAACAUAUCUCUCCAGAUGAUUCUUCAGGAAUACCAAAUGUUUCUUUGGUAAAUAUAGUGUUUGUGAACAAAACAGGACAAGUUCAAAGGUCUUUCAUGCCAGGAGGAGAAGCAUAUCUCUCUGAAUCUGUUUUUUCCAUGAAGGAGAAACAUGGCUGUUUUUUCCAUCAAGGAAAUAAAUAAAUCUCUUUUAUCUAGAAAGGACAGACAACUCAGGAUUUGUAUUAUUCCAUAAGAAGUGGUUGGACUUUAAGUGUUUUAUGGAGAAAUGAAAGGAAGGAAAUCAGGACUCUUCAACUCUGUUAUUCAGUAAGGAGAGGAAAGACUCUUGGUCUGUUUUAUUCUGCAAAAGGUGACUGGAUCCUAGGUCGAUGUUAUAAAAGCAAGGAGAAGCAGGACUUGGAUGUGGGUUGAUCCAGCAAGGGGAGGCCAACAUUUUAUCAGACAUCAUCCAACACACAGAGAGGCAAGACUCUAGGUCUGUGUUAUCUGGCAAGGAAUAGGGCGGCUAUUUAAUGUACAUGUGGCAGUUAUGUUAAACAAGGCAGCACCGACUGUAGAAACACAACUGUAUUUAAAUAGUAAGAAGUUGCUAUUGUGAAGGCCUUCGAUGAUUUUGAUCUGAAGGUUAAACUGGACACAUGUAAAUAUAGCCUACCCGGUAAAAAGUCUUUGCAGGUUUAUCCAAUUUGAGGGUGGUUUUUUUCUGUAUCUUUACAAUAUUCCCGUGAUUAACAAUUGUUAUUGAUUUUUUUGUUACAUUAUAAAUUAAUGACCGGUGUUACGUGACCCACAACAGGAAAUUUGAAUUUAGUCUAUAAGUUAUCACUGAAGAGGGUCACGAAAUAAAUGCAUGUUGUUACACCCCAGGUAUAUUAAAUUAAACUUCUUGUAAGAAAACAAUAUGUAUAGUUUGUAUGCAUCACAAUACUUUCAUUAUGAUAUGAGUGUUGUUUUAUAUGAAAAAAUGUUACAUUUUCAGAUAUACAAUAUAUAUUUAGGUAUGAUGAAUGGGCAUGUCAAUAUUGCAAAGAUAAAUAUUAUACACUAAUCCAGAAUAUUUUGAAAAUGAAUGAGUGAGAGAUAGAAUGAAAAAGAUGUAUUUAUGAUUAAUGAAAGUUACUUUUCAGUGAAAAUGACAGAAUUAAAUACAGAAUUUUUGUUAUCAUUAAUGGUUAUAUUUUUGACAACUUACGACUGUAUAAUAAUAAAACUCCU